AUGCCUCUCCAGAAGAAAACUAUGCCUUACGUCAGGCUGGGCAACUCCGGUCUCAAAGUCUCCAAGAUCAUCUUGGGCACAAUGCAGUACGGAAGUUCUGGAUGGCAGGAGUGGGUGAUCGAUGACCAGGAGAAGGCCAUUGAGCACAUCAAGUUUGCAUACGACAACGGCAUCCAGACUUUCGACACUGCAAAUGUCUAUUCCAACGGCUUGUCAGAGAUCAUUCUCGGGAACGCUAUCCAAAAACUGGGCCUUCCUCGAGCUGAGAUAGUCGUUAUGACAAAGGUCUACUUCACUGUUGCUCCAUCGCAUGACACCAACCUCUUUAAAUCCGCCGUGCCGCCUGAGGAAAUGGGGCUCGUCAACCAGCACGGCCUCAGUCGCAAGCACAUCUUCGACUCGGUCAAGGCGAGCCUGAGGCGUCUGCAGCUGGAUUACAUCGAUCUCCUUCAGUGCCAUCGUUUCGACUACGAAACGCCCAUCGAGGAGACCAUGCAAGCCCUGCACGACGUCGUCCAGGCCGGAUACGUGCGCUAUAUCGGGAUGAGCUCCUGCUACGCCUACCAAUUUCAGGCGAUGCAGAACUACGCGAUCAACAACCAUCUCACUCCCUUCGUCUCGAUGCAGAACCACCACAGUCUCGUGUACCGCGAGGAGGAGCGCGAGAUGUUCCCAACGCUCAAAAUGUUCGGCGUGGGCGCGAUCCCGUGGUCCCCGCUUGCGCGCGGCAUCCUCACCCGCCCGCUGGGGGAGCAGACGAAGCGAGGUGAGACAGAGAAUCUGAUCGGGCGGUACACGCGCGGGGCAGGCACGCCCGAGAUCGUGAAACGAGUCGAGGAACUGGCGCAGAAGAAGACGGUCAGCAUGGCGCAGAUCGCUCUCGCGUGGAGCAUGGCAAAGGACGGCGUCACAGCCCCGAUCAUUGGCACGACAAGCUUGCAGAACUUGACGGAUAUCAUCGGUGCUGUGAACGUGGAACUCUCGCCAGAGGAUAUCAAGUAUCUCGAGGAGCCGUACCAGCCGAUGGCUAUUGACGGGCACAAAUGA